AGUCAACCACCUCUAAUUUGAAAUCAUUGUUUUGGUAAAGGAGUAAACAACUAAUUUAAACAUGAGCUAUAUACAAUUCGAAAGUGCCAGGGAGAAGGACAAGGCGCGGCAGGAGUUGCGGGAGGCCCGCUCCGAGAUGCUGCGGCAGGCCAAGGAUCGCGCGGAGCUCCGUGACCAGCGGGAACGGCAAAAGGAGCUGCGCGGCGAAUCCGACUGGAUGCUGCCGGCAGUGGCCAAGAAACUGGAAAAGCCCGCCAAAAAGGCCAAAAAGAAGAGCUCCAAGCACAAGUCCAGGUCGAAGUCCAAGUCCUCCAAGAAGAGCAGGAAGCACCACAGCAGCAGCGACAGCAAUAGUUCCAGCUCAUCCACCUCGUCUGCCUCCUCUAGUGAGGAUGAAAAGGAGCGCAAGCGGCGCAAAAAGAAGUCCAAGAGGAGCCGCAAGGAGAGCGCCAGCGGGGACGAGUGGGAAGAGGCUCCACCUCCUCCCGUGGCGGAGAAGGUGACCGAAAAGGAGUCCCUGCAGCGCGACUCUUGGAUGACCAGCGAGGCACUGCUGCUGAAGACCUUCUCCAAGGAACGCAAGGAACCGGCCAAGCCCAACGAGAAGGCGCAACAAAUCGAUGCCUACGAUCCGGCCAAAAGCGGCCGGGAGCUUAAUCCCUACUGGAAGAGCAAUGGCACGGGUUUGCCUGGCUUUCAGAAGCCACAGGACGACGAUGACCACCAGACCAGGCCGCAAUCCAUCAGCUCCGGGCAGGGAUCCUCGCGCGGUUGGCGAAAACCUGGUGCCAAGGUUCCCAGUCCGGAAAGGAGGGGCAGAUCUCGCUCUAGGAGUGCCUCCUCUCCUGAAGAAGAAGAGGAGGAGGAGGCGGAGGAGCAUCCCAAGCCCACCACCUCCUGCCUCACAGACGAACAGAUCAAUGACCUGGCCGGCAAGGCCAUCAAGGCGGAGCUUAAAGGCAAAAAGGAACUGGCGGCGGAACUAAAUCAGCAGCUGGAAGCAGCACGUAAGGAACGAGCAGAUUUCAUUGCCUCCGGCAAGUCGGUACCAAAGUCAGCAGCCAAACCAGCCAAGUCCAAGGCCGCGGCAGAGCAUGUGCUGCUCACCAAGAUAGACCAGAGCGGCAACGUGCGUCCCCUGGUGCACUCCGCCGAUCCCAACGAACUGUACGGCGGAAGAAGAGCACAGAAACGCAGCAGCAAGAAGGUGGACACCCACGUGGAUGGUCAGCGCGUAAGAUACUUUGCUGAUGACGACCGCUAUGAUAUCAAGCAAAUGUUUGAGCGGGAGAAGCAUGCCACGGCCGCAGAAGCCAACCUGCAGUAUGCUGACAUUGUGUCCAAACACAAGAACCCCAACGAUGAUUUGGAGGACAUAUUCGCAGACAAAGUGCGCAAGCAAAUCUCUGCAGGAGAUGCCGAGAGGCGGGAGAUGCAGAGCGCAAUACGGGAGCAUGAGAAGCUGACGUCCAGUUUGGAGAACUGUGAACGUUGCUUUGACUCCGCCAAGUUAGACAAACAGCUGCUGGUGUCGCUAGGCGAGAAAAUUUACCUCAGCCUGCCGUGGCACAUGGGGCUACAGAGUGGGCACUGCAUCCUGACGACGCUGCAACAUGUGCCCUGCUGCACGCAGCUUGACGAGGAUGCCUGGGAAGAGCUGGGCAACUUCCGUAAGGCCCUCACCCGCAUGUUUGCCGCCCGACGCCAGGACGUGGUCUUCUACGAGAUCGCCAACAAGUUGCACCGUCGUCCGCAUUUUAGCGUACACUGCAUCCCCAUUCCCGCCAGCCAGGGCGAGAUGGCACCCUUCUAUUUCAAGAAGGCCAUCGAAGAGUCGGAGCAGGAGUGGUGCAUCAACAAGCAGCUGGUCUCGCUGCGCCAGAAGUCCCUACGGGCGGCCAUUCCCAAGGGACUGCCCUACGUGUGGGUGCACUUCGGCAUGGACUCCGGAUUCGCUCACGUCAUCGAGGAUGAGAACCGCUUUCCAGCCAACUUUGCCCAGGAAAUCAUUGGCGGAAUGCUGGAGCUUAAUCCGAACACUUGGCGCAAGCCACGAAAAGAGCCAAACUCCAUCGGAAAGGUCAAAUCCUUUGCCGAAAAUUGGAAGAAGUUUGAUUGUACACAACACUGAUCCAGUUAGUUAUACAUAUAAAUAGACAUCAGAAAAUGUUCUAGCUAAUUUAUAAUUUUGUUAAUUAAAAUCAAUUUCACACUUAAAGAAAAUUA